CUGCACUCGAGCCAAAUGCGCAGCGCUGAGCAGCAGCUGGUAGCUAAUCAGCGCAGCCGAGCAUGCGCUGCCUCUAUCUCCUGUCUGCAUGUGUCCACAUUUCAGUUGGGCAGUUAUCUGUGUGCUCAGAGACGGGGCUUGAAUCCACCCCACAGAGUGAAGUCAAUUUCAAUGACUACUUUCACACAACAGGAAAUAGAAUUUCUGCAGAAACAUGGAAAUGAAGUGUGCAAACAGAUUUGGCUAGGCCUAUUUGAUGAUAGAUCAUCAGCAAUUCCAGACUUCAGGGAUCCACAGAAAGUAAAGGAAUUUCUACAGGAAAAAUACGAAAAGAAAAGAUGGUAUGUUCCUCCAGAGCAAGCAAAGGUGGUGGCAUCAGUCCAUGCAUCCAUAUCGGGGUCUUCUGCUAGUAGUACAAGCAGCACACCUGAGGUGAAGCCACUCAAAUCUCUCUUGGGAGAAGCUGCACCCACACUGCACUUAAACAAGGGCACACCUAGCCAAUCUCCUGUUGUAGUUCGAUCUCAAGGACAGCAGCAACAAGAAAAGAAACAAUUUGAUCUCCUCAGUGACCUCGGCUCAGAUAUCUUUGCUGCUGCUCCUCCUCAGUCAACUGCUACAGCAAAUUUUGCUAAUUUUGCACACUUCAACAGUCAUACUGCGCAGAACUCUGCAAAUGCAGGUUUUGCAAACUUUGAUGCAUUUGGACAGUCUAGUGGCUCGAGUAAUUUUGGAGGUUUCCCCACAGCAAGUCAGUCUUCUUUUCAGCCCCAAAAUACAGCGUUCAGAACGCUUUCAGCUAGCUGCAGUUUUGGUGAAUUUACUUCAGCUUUCCCUCUCCAGGCUGUACACAGUGGAAGUGCUGGAUCAGUGAAUGCUAACUUUGCUCACUUUGAUAACUUCCCCAAAUCCUCCAGUGCUGAUUUUGGAGCCUUCAGUGCUUCUCAGAGCAACACAACAGCAACAGCAGCCAGUAAAGCUGCAGUGAAUAAACCGAAUCUCCAGUCAGCUGACAAAUAUGCAGCUCUUGCUAAUUUAGAUAAUAUCUUCAGCGCAGGGCAAGGUGGUAGUGAUCAAGGAAGUGGCUUCAGUACAGUAGUGUCAGCAUCAGCAGGUCCUGUGUUGUCAGCCCCAAAUCAGUCAAGUGCAUCUUCAGACAAGUAUGCAGCUCUAGCAGAAUUAGACAGCGUGUUCAGCUCUACAGCAACCUCUAGUAACGCAUAUACUUCCACCAGUAAUGUUAGCAGCAGUGCUUUUGGAACAGUACCCGUGGCUGCUACUGCACAGACACAGCCUGCAUCUUCGAGCGUGCCUGCUCCAUUUGGAGCAACACCUUCCACAAAUCCAUUUGUAGCUGCCCCUGUUGCCCCAGUGGCACCUUCAACAAAUCCAUUCCAGACCAAUAGCCGAGGAGCAACAGGCCUCUCGGGAGCAAUGCACUCUCACAUAUUUCCUCAGGCUCAUUUUGCAGCAACAUUUGGUACUGCAUCCAUGAGCAUGCCUGCAGGAUUUGGAACUCCUGCCUCCUACAGUCUUCCUACUAGUUUUAGUGGCAACUUCCAGCAGCCCACGUUCCCAACCCAGGCAGCUUUCCCUCAACAGACUGCUUUUGCUCAGCAGCCAAAUGGAGCAAGUUUUGCUGCAUUUGGACAGGCGAAGCCUGUAGUAACUCCUUUUGGACAAGUUGCAGCUGUUGGAGUAUCUAGUAACCCUUUUAUGGCUGGUGCACCAACAGGACAAUUUCCAACAGGAAGCUCAUCAACCAAUCCUUUCUUAUAGCCUUAUAGACACUUUACCCAAAAGAACUCUUAUGUGGUCACAUAACAUCUCUGCGCCUCUUGCACUGUUGUCUUGUUUCACUGAUAUUAGCUUUAAACACAAAAGAAGUCUUUAAGAAGUAAAAAUAAAAGCCUGCAUUGUGUACCUUUAAAAAAAUUUUUAAAAAAGUAAAUACACAAAACCCAAGAAAAUCAACACCCCCACCAGGUAAUAACGUGCAAAACAGAGGGCUGUGGUAACAUCCUUGAACCUGUGAACUGGCAGGUAAAAAGUAGCGGUAUCAUGUAUAUUAAAAUUGGCUAAUAAGUUAUUGCAGAUACCACAUUCAUUAUGCUGCAGUACUGUACAUAUUUUUCUUAGAAAAUAGCUAUUUGUGCAUAUCAGUAUUUGUAACUUUAACACAUUGUUAUGUGAAAAAUGUUACUGGGAAAUAGAUCAGCCACUUUAAGGUGCUGUUGUAUCUCUUGGAAUGAAUGAGCUACAUCAUUUUAACCAUUGGUAUUGGAAGUCAUGAAGUUAAAUUGAAGGUUUGUUCAUUUCUCAAAAUGUUUUCCUUUCCUAAGAGCUCUUCUAUUUAUACAUGCCUAAAUCUCUAAUGUUAGAGGGAUACCUGUCUGCAUAAUAAAGCUGAUCUUGUUUUGCUACAGUUUGCAGGUGAAAAAUAAAUAUUAGAAAAAACAAUUGUGUAGCAUUUUUUCUGUGCAGUAACGUUUUAUUGGGUUAAAAUGUACACAUUGUGAGUCAUACACAGAUGAGUUACCAAAAGUAAUAUGCUUGAAGGUGAGUUAAGCUUAAAAUUUUCACAUGCCUCACUUUGAUAGGUUUCUUUGUGUCCUUGUGAUUAAGCUUGCUGUUUUAGCUCAAGUGAAGUGACUGAUUGACCAGGAAAACGUUAACUUAGAUUAUUUUGACAGAAUAGCUGUGUAGUGAAGGAUACUGGAAGCACUGAGGAGGGUAAUUACUUGAUAAAUGGUUAGCUGCAAAAGACACUUAAUUAUGGAUAGCCUUAAUUGUGAUCAGAACGGUAUGUGUAAUACCAGGCCAAGGUGCCACAGAUGUAGUAGUAUUCUUUUUAUU